GCUUCAGAGAUGCGACGCUCUAUAACUGGCUGGAGAGCGCACGCUGGAGAAAACAAAACGGACAAAAUCACUACAACUUCACCGUGUUCCUUCAGUCGCGAGGAUUCAUACCAACAGCUGUGAGUAACAUUGACUUUAUGGGAAGAUAUCAACCCUUUAGGGAUUCAUGUCAAACUGGAUGCAACUUGCCAUUUCAAAUAAGUUAAUUGUGACGGUGAUGCUGAAAUAAAUAAAAUGCUGUGUCUGCGUGACUCUGGAGGCUGCCUGCGGGACCAGAUGCACUACAUGAUGAGGUCCCUGCAGGACCUGAAGCACUUGAGAAGGACCUGCCCUGCUGCUGCCCCUGCAAUCACCCCUGCCCACCGCUCUGCAGUGGCACGAGCCUGCCAUCAGAGGGCACUUCAGCUGGAGCGCCGUACCCGCCUGCGCAUCUCUGACGCCAGUACGGCCAGCACCUACGACUCAGCCUGCUGUCUGGCCAGUCCUCUGGAGGAGGAGGAGGAGGAUGCAGGCAGCCGGCUGGGUCUGGGCCUUGGCCUGGGUCUGACCUCCCCCAGUAGUGAGAAAAGUCUGGAGUUUGACUCUGGCUACUCUGAGGCCUCCUGGCAGGACGAGGGCGUGGUGCUCAGGAGGACCAGGAAUGUACGGGUGUCCUCCUCUGCCUGCCUCCGCACCAACCUGGCCGCCAGUGGCCGGGUCCGACCCAAAUCCACAUCAGACGCAUCCCUGGAGAGCUGGACCUCAUUCGAGGCCAAUGACCCUGAGGACUGGACCACAUCGCUGCUGACACGGGGACGGAACAGACAACCUCUGGUACUGGGGGACAACAGCUUUGCUGACCUCAUACAGAACUGGAUGGACCUACCGGACUUCCCCGAACCAGCAGAACUGAAGCCCAGCUCUGGGUGCAGACUGGCUCGAUGCUUCUUGGUCAACAUGAGGCGGAAAAUAGCUGGCAUGUCAAAGAGUGUAGAGGAGAGGGUGAGGAUGAGGUCCUCAGAUUCUUCUUCUCGUGUGAGUCGGACAGCUAUGGCCCCCAAACGACUCUCCUGCCCCCUAGGGGUGCAGGCCCCUGCCCCGCGCCAGUCCCCCUUCUUCCACCAGUCCCACUCUGGCCUGCAUGAUCUAGACACAGACUUCUAUCAAUUCACUGCCCUCAUGAAGACUGGCAGCAGACAGCCUAUUAUCUGUAAUGACAUCAUCGGCUACAUCUGACUCCAGGUCAGCCACUAACAGACUCUCAUUCUAAACAAUAGACAAUUCCCAAAGUCACUAUAUUUUUAAAAUGUUAUCACUAUGUUCUGACUAUAAGCUGCAAAACUUAAACAUUGUAUUAUUUGAGAUUGGAGAUAUUUGUUGUGUCAUUAGCUAUGUUUCCAUUAACUUUUCCAUCGAUUUUUUUUGCAUAGAAAAUACAUUGUCUUCAGAAAGUAUUCAUAUCCCUUUGACUUACAGUGGAUGAAAUUGCUGUAGUUUUUUAGCUAUCUACAGACAAUACCCCAUAAAGACAAAGUGAAAACAUGUAUUUACAUUUUUGUGCAAUUUACUGAAAAUUAAAUGCAGAAAUAUCUAGUUUACAUAAGUAUUCACAACCCUGAGUCAAUACUUUGUAGAAACACCGUUGGCAGUGAUUACAGCUGUGAGUCUUUCUGGGUAAGUCUAAGUCACCUGGAUUGUGCAACAUUUGCCCAAAUAUUAAUUUAAAAAUUAUUCAAUCUCUGUCAAAUUGGCUGUUGAUCAUCGCUAGACAACCAUUUUCAGGUCUUGCCAUAUAUUUUUCAAGUACAUUUAAGUCAAAACUUUAACUCGGCCACUCAGGAACAUUCACUGUCUUCUUGGUAAGCAACUCCAGUGUAGUCUUGGCCUUGUGUUUAAGGUUAUCCUGCUGAAAGGUGAAUCCUCUCCGGCAACGGAGUUAGGAAGGACGUCUGUAUCUUUGUAGUGACUGGGUAUAUUGAUACACCAUCCAAAGUGUAAUUAAUAACUUCACCAUGCUCAAAAUAUUCAAUGUCUGUUGUUUAUUUUAUUUUUACCCAUCUACCAAUAAGUGCCCUUCUUUGCGAGGCAUUUGAAACCCCCCAUGGUCUUUGUGGUUGAACCUGUGUUUGAAUUCACUGCUCGACUGGGGAACUUUACAGAUGUGUAUGUGUGGGGUACAGAAAUGAGGUAGUCAUUCAAAAAUCUUUUUAAACACUGUUAUUGCACACGGAGUCAAUGCAACUUAUUAUGUAACUGUAACAGUAUAGCUUCCGUCCCUCUCCUCGCCCCUACCUGGGCUCGAACCAGGGACCCUCUGCACACAUCAACAACUGCCUCCCACGAAGCAUCGUUACCCAUCGCUCCACAAAAGCCGCGGCCCUUGCAGAGCAAGGGGAACAACUACUUCAAGGUCUCAGAGCAAGUGACAUCACCGAUUGAAACGCUAUUAGCCCGCACCCCGCUAACUAGCUAGCCAUUUCACAUCGGUUACAUAACUUGUUAAGAAUAUUUUUUACUCCUGAACUUAUUUAGGUUUGCCCUAACAAAUGGGUUAAGUACUUAUUGACUCAAGACAUUUCAGCUUUUUGUUUUUAAAUAAUUAGUUAAAAUUUCAACAACAAAAAAAUAUAAUUCCACUUUGACAUUAUGGGGUAAAAUAAUAAUUCCUCUUUGAACGCAAAGCAGGGUUUAAUUACUGGGUUGUUCCAUUUGAUGUCAUUCACUUUUUGACCGAACCCCUUUUGAUUUGAAUGACACUUUCCAUACACAUUUGCCCAUAGUAGAAGUGUUCAGAAAGUUACUUUUUGGUGCCAAAACAUUCAGGAGAUAGAGGUGCUGAAAGUUACCCAAUUUUGCAUACCCCACACUACUGGGAGACAUCCUUGUUUCAUCACUGAAAAAUAUAAAUGGUUGAGUUGGAUAUAAUUGAAAAGCUGACAAACAGGGUUGUCAAAUUAUUUUGUUAUUUCUUGAAAUAAAUGUUUUUUAAUAAAAGUUAUGUCAACCAUC